AAAAGAACGCUGGCCGGUGGAUGGGUUCUUAGAAAGUGCACACUUUUUAGCAGACACAGUUUCUAACCGUUGCCUUUCGGAGCACGCUAAUCGCGUACUGCUGCAAAAUCGACCCUUAAAUGAAGGGUGUUUUAUCGUGUCGCCCUCGGCUCGAAACGUGACUCCUGCUGCCGUAUAUAACAUCACGAGCGCUUGAUUCGGUGAUCAUAGCGUAGUAACGCUUUGCGCCAGUCACUACUUCUUCGAGGCAUGACGAUCGUAACAGUGUCCUGCUGCGGCAGGAGUAACACCGUGCCACUCCACCUUGGAGCUCUACUGCUGCUGCUAGUGCUACACCUUUCGCUUUCGAGCGCUAAUCAUUACUAUGAAGUAAUGGGAGAACCUUCUGUAACGUACGAACUCGUGUGUCCCGAGAACGAGCAACUUCACGAUACGAUGCCUUGCUGCGAACCGACCUGCGACAACGACUGCUCAUCCGCCAAGUGCUCUAAAGCGUACGUCCGUCAGCCGACUUGUGUCUGCAAGGAGGGAUACGUCCGGCAUAAAAACAAGUGCAUCCCGCCGCAACACUGUCCACCGAAACCGCCUGCUCCUGUAACGUGUGCAGAGAACGAGGAACUUCUACCAUCUCCGCCAAGCUGCGAACCGACCUGCACCGAGGAUUGUGCCGGACGGCCGGUACACUCGCGCUACGUCGAUCAACCGACGUGCGUUUGCAGGAAAGGGUACAGACGCCACAAGGGCAAGUGUAUCCGGGUUGACCAGUGUCCGUCGUGCGGCCCGUACGCAACGCUCAAAGCUAAUGCACCGUGCUGCGAACCCACGUGCGACAACGAUUGCAGUAACGUGCUGUGCCUCGAAGGAUAUCAAAGCGACGAACCAGUUUGUGUGUGUCAGGAUGGAUACGUGAAGCAUAACAGCACCUGCAUCAAGCGGGAACUGUGCCCACAGACGGUGUAUCCGGUCCCGAAACAGUUUUGUCGCUGCAGUGUCAAGCGAAGACCGAAGGGCCGUGUUCCGGUGCCGGUGAAGUACGUGGAGAUUAUCACACAGGCCCCGUGCAGUUGCUACCAGCAGCAGGUGGUGAACGAUGGGCGUGUUGUGGGAGACCACUUUCCUUCGGAUACUUAUUCACCCGCGAAGUAUCCAGCGAUGAGUUACGUCUCACCGGGUUACGUUUCAACGACGUGUGCCCCACCACUCCAGACUCCACCACCAUGCCAGCAACCUUCCACCUACCCGCCACUCUAUUACGGUCCACCGGUAACCCAUUCUCCUCCGUCAUAUGUCCCAGGACCUUACGUACCUCCGCCAACCUGUGCACCUCCACCGCCACCACCACCACCACCGCCGGUAUACACGCCACCACCACCACCGCCUGUCUACACGCCACCACCACCACCGACAACAACCUAUGCACCACCAAAACAGUAUUAUCAGCCGCCGGUCUAUGCAGCUCCGGGAAAGCUUCUUCCACCUCCACCUCCUCCUCCGUACGCCUACACUUUCCCCCCGGUAGUGGAAACGACCACGUGCGCAAGUGUUACCGUGCAGCCUUCAUACGCUUAUCCGCCGGCCGACGCCGUCCCCCUGAAACCUUACUACCAGCAACCACCUUCAUCCUAUCAGGAUCAACCUUACUACGCCAUACCGGCCCUCAAACAGUGCUCCUGCAACAUCAACGGCAGCCCGGUCACAUCCAGCCCACCGUGCGCCUGUGGCAACAGCAAAUAUCCACCACAAAUGCAAACGUACAACAGGCCACCCAUCUCGUAUAACGUGGCCACACCAUCCACCACUACAGCUGCACCAACGACCACCCUCUGUCCGCCGGUCGUUUGCAAUCAGUGCAACCAGGCACAGUACCUUCUCCCUGGAUCGUACCGGCAGGAUCAACCGUACCUGCAGCAACAAUCGACAACGCCCGGACCGCUACCGGUGGACGUGUCGUACAUUCCGCUGCCCGGAUCCGUCUGCAGUAACGCGGAUGCUGUUUCUGGCACCGGCACUGGUGGGGCCGCGCUUGUACCCAUCGGCACCAGCGGAUCCCUACCGUUACUAAGCGUCCUGGUGUGAUAAUGUCUUGAUUUUAGUUAGUAACUUAUUUAUAACUAACCACAACCCAAGUAUCUGUUUCUGUGUAAUAAAAUAGUAAAACUUUACCAAAACCCUAUAUACUCGGUCCCGUUGUCGGGUCGGUUCGGUUGAUUUGUAAUGUGUAGGACGACUGCCCCUAUCCCGGUGAUGGUCAACUAGACAGUGCAUAGCCAACCCCUAGAGAGGGUUCCCUCGAUACA